AUGGCCCGCGCGAUUACCCCGCCGCAAAGUCCCCCUCCUUUUGGACUCGGACGUGAACAGGGAUCCUUGUCUGGGUUGGAGUCCACUACGGACGAUCUCAUUCACUCUAUUACUUGGCCCAAGUUCUGUGCACGUUCAUUUUCAUUUGACGAGGGGAGAUUUGAAAGCGUGGGUCGACACUGGCCAAAAGGCACAUGCUAUGCCGCUAUGGAGCUAAAGCUAAACCUGGAUGACUAUAACUAUGAACUGAUUUGCCCGAAGCUUCGGCUGGCCGAUCGCUGUUUUGGUCUUACUCAUUUUCCAGCGCUUGCCUCGACUACUAGUGCUGCUAUUACUACUUACGCAGCUAACCUCUUUCACGCUAUUGCGGCAGCAGGCUGGGUAUCCUGGUCUAGUUCAGCCUCGAAUCAUAUGCAAUUCUCUCGUGUCAGCACACGACUAAGAUUCGGUGCUUUAGGAGACCAUCCAAGUGUCCUCACAAGUGAGAAUCAAGUAUACCAUGUGUCACAACUCGACAUGUCAACUACUCAAGGCGAUUGCUCUCCCGUUUGCUUACAUAUGAGCUGCCAUCAAGCAUCUUAUGCAGAGACUACGAGAAAACGCGCUACCCAGGAAGUCUAUGCUCAGACAGUCACCUCAGUCGAUGACACAAUAGGCCGCAGUGAAGCAUUGGAGACUUCUCAAGUAUAA